GCAAGCGAAAGAACGUUCUUUCUGUUUACAUCGUGGUCGGUAUACCGGUCUAAUUUGCAUGUGGCCGCUGCUGGUUCCGUCUAGGGAUUGCAUAUCCUACUCCCAAUCCCACCAAUCCAAGACUUUCUCAAACAAAGAUCAAAAAGAAAAAGGAAAAAUAAUAAAAAUUCAUUGACAAGGAAAAAAAAAAGUGUAUUCUGUCUACUCCACUGAAUCUUCUCCAAUGAUCCAAUCCCACGAGUAAGGAGUACGUCUGCGACAUCAGACAACAAAAGCACAUCCUUCUCAGAAUUCACAAACUACCUUCAUACAAAGGUUAUUGUCCUAUACCCUUCUCUCUUUCUCUCUGGCAGCAGAAAGAAGCAAAGCAUCUUCUUUUACAUUGACACCUCUCACCUCCGCAUUUUCAUUUGGCGAAACCUUUUUUAUCAGGAUCCUCAACCCAUACUUGGCAGCCUGUCAUGACUAGUGAUGAUACUACCGCUGCUAGUUACUGGUUGAACUGGAGGUUCUUCCUCUGUGCUUUAUGGAUCUUAACCUCAAUGGUUCUGGCAUCACUUCUAAUAUGGAAAUAUGAAGGUUUCAACAGGCCAAGACAGGAGAGGAGAGAAAACCAGCGAGAAACAACAGGGUCUUUGUAUGAGGAUGAAGCCUGGAAGACAUGUCUCAGAGGAAUUCAUCCUGCCUGGCUGCUUGCUUACAGAACAGGGGCUUUCAUUUUGCUUUUGGCAUUGCUCAUCGCCGACGUUGUUGUUGCCGGAGGUGGCAUUUUUUUCUUUUAUACUCAGUGGACAUUUACUUUGGUCACGAUCUAUUUUGGGCUUGGAGUUUCAUUCUCAAUUUAUGGAUGUUUCAAGCACCAUAAAGUUGGUGGCAAUGUGGCUGAUCAUGCAAGUUUAGAUGCAGAGCAAGGCACCUAUAUAGCUCCCACGUUGGGGGAGAAUACAGAUAUGUCCAAUCUGUCCAAGAGUUCAGAUACCCAUGAAGAACCUUAUGCUUGCCAUUCUGCAGGUGUAUGGGGUUAUAUCUUUCAAAUCAUUUUUCAGAUGAGUGCAGGUGCUGUGACACUCACUGAUUGCGUAUUUUGGCUUAUUCUUUAUCCAUUUCUAACGGCCAAAGAUUAUGAUCUGGAUUUCUUGAUUAUUAGUAUGCACUCAAUCAAUGCUGUUCUCCUCCUUGGUGAGACAAUCUUAAAUUCCUUGCGAUUUCCAAUGUUUCGGAUUGCAUAUUUUGUGCUCUGGACAGCUAUAUUUGUCAUUUUCCAAUGGGUCAUACAUGCUUGUGUUUCCAUAUGGUGGCCAUAUCCAUUUCUCGACUUGUCAUCUUCAUAUGCUCCAUUAUGGUACUUCGGCGUGGGCUUGAUGCAUCUCCCAAGCUAUGGCAUCUUCGCUUUAAUUGUUAGGCUGAAGCGCGCGGCGUUGUCAAGAUCAUUCCCAGAUUCUUAUCAGAGUAUUCGGUGAGGAUGUAGAUCAGGCUUAGCACUACCUCUCCAAACCAUUUCAUGCGAAAUAUUAGUAGUACAGGCAUUAUUCUUAGUGAGUUGCUGCAAAGGCAUUAUUCUUUACAUCAGGAAGCAAUGGAAAAGAAAUUGGUAUUUAGAUUUGUGAUCAGCCGAUGAACAUUAUAUUUUCCAGGACACAGAUCAUCAGAUAUGCAUGUCUUUCUGUCUCCACAGAGCAUUAAUUGUAGUAAAUAUGUUUGUUCUGGGGUGAUAAAUCAAUAAAUUCAUUGUAAAUUGUUACUUCAAUUUGAUUCUACUUUUUCAUUUUUGACCUCAAAAACACUUUCAUUCGAGUGUAAGUGCGAGAUUUGUAAGUGAAUUGAACCAAGUUAUUCUCAGCCAUCUAUCUGUAAGAUUAGUUAUUUUAGAUU